CAGGACUUCCUGUUUCCCCGGAAGUGGCCCAGGACUUUGACCGCCGCGGUCCCACGCUUCACCUAGGAUCGUGAGUCAGCGGCCGGAAGGGACCUCAGAGGCCAUCGGGUACAGAUGAGGAAACUGAGGCCCGCCGAGGCCAAGUGACGUGCCCAGGAACGCUCCGAAUUUGAACCCAGGACUUUGGCUUGGAGAUCCAUUCCUUUGUCCAGGGAACCUCGAUAACUGGAGCGGGUCAGAGCUGGACCAAGGAAGCCAGGAACCAUUGUGGUGUGAGGGACUGUGAUGGAUCCAGUUAGGGCCCAACAGCUGGCAGCUGAGCUGGAGGUAGAGAUGAUGGCCGACAUGUACAACAGGAUGACCAGUGCAUGCCACCGGAAGUGUGUCCCUCCCCAUUACAAGGAAGCUGAGCUUUCCAAAGGUGAAUCCGUGUGUCUGGAUCGAUGUGUCUCCAAGUACUUGGACAUCCAUGAGCGAAUGGGCAAAAAGCUGACAGAGCUGUCCAUGCAGGAUGAAGAGUUGAUGAAGAGGAUGCAGCAGGGCUCAGGGCCAGUAUGAAGGCCCUCAGAGACAGUGAGCACCCAGCCCUGGUCUGCAACCCUAACUCUUUUGCACUUGUCAAUAAAAGUAUUGGUGACUAUA